AUGCAAAUUUUACAGCCGGUCGUUGUGUCGCGGCCAUCGCUGCUCACCGCGAUUAUGCAUCAGUCUCCGCCAUUGACUGGUCACCCUGCCAAGACAAUAGACACAGGAAGGACUGACUCGCCACCAGCACUUCGACGGUUACCUAUUGAACCAACUGGUCCUUCUUUGACAACUCCACAGGACGAUGAUGGCAGUGAAAAUAUUCAGACGAUGCGCGCUCUUCGUAUUCCAGAUUCCAAUCCCGGCGCUGCAACGUCCUCAUCCUCCUUUCCUAAUGCAUUAUCACCUACUACUACUCAAGGGAAUAUGCUGGCGGAUGAGCUCGACGAGUCGCUCAAAGUCUAUGUGUACUGGGAGCAUAAACAGAAAAGCACCACGGCCAACGCGGUUCUCAAUCGACAACCUAAUGCUCAUUCAUCAUUAGGACAAUCUCACGAGAUUCACCUAUGGAAUCAGUGCUUUGAUAGCGAAACGUGGGAAUAUCACGUUAAGGGUUGGCAGCAUUGA